AUGUCAAAAUUUGACGAUUGUAUUGCAAAAACUUCACUUGUUGACCAACAUAGAAACACGAGUGAAAAUCUGGGCCGUAUUGGGGGUAAUGUGAAACUACUAAGCACCGUUCUGAAGGGUAGUAAUAAAUUGGGAGGAUCUUCAAAAGUUUAUAACAUUGUCUACAUUUUGCGGAAGAGUGUCAGUUCUUUCAAGAAGUUACUAGGUUUUGCUCGGGGCCCUAAGAAGCAUCUGAAGCGGGUUGCAGCUCCAAAACAUUGGAUGCUAGAUAAAUUGACCGGUGUGUUCAGUGGAUAUUGCUCAGCAUGGUAUAGAGGGGGUCACUAUAGUAACUUUAGCUACUGUUGGAUAUCAGAUGUCAUCAGCAUUGACAAGACCGGAGAGAAUUUCCGUCUGAUCUAUGACACCAAGGGUCGUUUUGCUGUCCAUCGUAUUACACCCGAGGAGGCCAAGUACAAGUUGUGCAAAGUGAGAAAAAUCUUUGUGGGCACAAAAGGAAUCCCUCAUUUGGUGACGCAUGAUGCUCGUACCAUCCGCUACCCAGAUCCUCUCAUCAAGGUGAACGACACCAUUCAGAUUGAUUUGGAGACUGGCAAGAUUACUGAUUUUAUCAAGUUUGAUACCGGUAACCUGUGUAUGGUGACAGGAGGUGCUAACUUGGGAAGAAUUGGUGUGAUCACCAACAGAGAGAGGCAUCCUGGCUCUUUUGAUGUGGUUCAUGUGAAAGAUGCCAAUGGCAACAGUUUUGCCACUCGGCUCUCCAACAUUUUUGUUAUUGGCAAAGGAAACAAGCCAUGGAUUUCUCUUCCCCGGGGAAAAGGUAUCCGCCUCACCAUUGCCGGGGUAUUGCUCACCAUUGCCGAAGAGAGAGACAAGAGACUGGCAGCCAAACAGAGCAGUGGGUGAAAUGGUCUCUAGAUUUUCUGUUGGAGAGGUCUUCAUACUUAAUUAAAGAUGAUAUAGCGUAAUUAA